ACGAGUAGGAAAUUUUUAAUAGUGCAAGAUCCGUUCAUUAGUUGUUUACUACUCGACAGUGAACCAUGUGGAACUACACGACAGACAAUGUUUUAUCAACAGCAAAUCCAGCGUUUUGUAGUUACUUAAUUUGUGUUAAUUUAUUAAUUUUGAAAAUGAUGGGACUUACUUUGCUCACAAUUUUGCAACGCAUGCGAGACAAGGUUUUCAUUAGUGCUGAAGAUGCGGCUUGGAUGAACGGCGAAGUCAAAGAUAAUGAAACAGUAGCUCGCACUCGAAGGACUUUCCAAAAUGAUUUAGAAAACAUUCCGGUCUUCUUCCUGGCGUCAUUGGCCUAUCUCUUCACCAACCCUCCGUUGUGGGUUGUCAAUUUACUGUUUAUCGUGUUCUUAGUUACACGAACCUUGCACUCAUUUGUGUAUGCAAUUUAUGUCAUGAGACAGCCUACAAGAGCUACACUGUGGGCUGUAGGGUUUGCAAUUACUGGAUAUAUGGCCAUACAUAGUGCCAUCCAUGCUUUUGUUAUAGGUUACAUACCUUAGUUUAAAAAAAAAAUCUAGAAUCUAUUAUUUGUGUUGUUAUGUAUUAAAUA